CUCAAUCAGCCAGGAGUGGUAACGGAAGAAGAGUACAUAACGGGGCGGACAACUCUCCAUGACGCCAUAUGCGGUGGCGCCUUACGCAUGGAAGUAUCUCGCCUAUGUCAAGACGCCCAUCUCAUGGGUCGGGAAGAUGACUGCCCAUGGCCGCACUGGAUAUCUGAUCCUCUGCACGAGAUUCGCGAGGCGCGUAACCCGUACAUCGACGCUGUGAAGUUG